UUCCAGGGUGUCUCACCAUUCAGAUCCGAACAGCGCUCUGUGUGUUUCUAGUCCUGUUGACCUACUCUGUCACCCAAGCAUGUGUGGUGAGCUGUUUACCCUGGGUCUGGAUUAUGGGAGGUAACUCUAGUAGCAGCUCCGUGGAGACUGUUUCCAUGGACACACCGAGCGAGCCAGGGCCAAUGAACAGUACGGUAGCGGAGGGGGUGUGUCCGAACGUUUCCUACGCUCUCCUCUCCUGCGUGGCCGGAACUCUCACCGUCAUCCCUUACCUCCGCGUCUCCUCGCUACCUAAGAUACUCCUGCUCUUCCUUCUCUCGGUCCUUUACACCGUUGCCAUGGAGACCAGCGGGUACCGCAUCGCCGUGGGGGGAGGUUUGCUCCACCCUCGGCGGUAUGAUCCAGUGCUGGGUCUCCUGUUGUUUACUGUAGCUCUGGCUCUACACUGUAGACAACUGGACCUCAAACUACGCCUAGACUACCUGUGGGCCACUCAGGCAGAGGAGGAGAGAGGCGACAUGGAGAAGGUGAAGUUGGACAACAAGAGGAUCUUGUUCAAUCUCCUACCUGCACACGUUGCGCAGCACUUCCUCAUGUCCAACCCCCGCAACAUGGUGAGUCUCACCCCCGUUCCCCUCUCUCCCUGUCUCCCUGCAUCUCGUCCCCCUAUUCCCCCGUCCCCCGUCCCCCUUAUGCCUUGUCCCCCCGUUCCCCCGCACCUCAUUCCCCUGUUCCCCCUACGCCUCGUCCCACUGUUCCGCCUGCCCCACCUGUGCCUUGUCCCCCAGUUCCCCCUGUGCUUCGUCCCCCUGUCCCUGCCAUUCCCUGCUGGAUCAUCUCCCGUUUGGGUAGUGGUGCAUUUGAGUAGCUGGCUGGUGUGA